AUGGCUGUCGCACUCCGUGCCCGCCUCGCCGGCCUCCUCGCCCUCCUCACCCUCACCGCCAAUGCCCAGGACCUGUCCUUCUCCACCAUCUCCACCGCGGCCGUCUCCUCCAUCGCCUCCACCGCGCUCUCUUCCUCCGCCUCUUCCUCCGCCUCUUCCUCCUCAGCGUCUUCUUCGGUCGCUUCGUCUUCGGCUGCUUCCUCUCUGUCCACGGUCGUCGUCUCCAGCACCACUACUGGCCCCCCACUUGAGACCACCCACAUAACGAUUCCCAUAUCGUCCUACACCUUCUCAUCCUUCCCGACCCCCUCCGCGCCUGCCAUCCCCGGAGUCUUCCCUUCCGCGUCGCCCGCGUCGCCUCUCGCCCCCGGUUCCACCCUCAUCCCUGACUUCGCCCCCGCAUGGGCCAAGGCACACAAGCAGGCCAAGUCCCUCAUCGCGGACUGGUCGAUCGACGACAAGGUCACUGCCGUCACCGGUGUCUUCUGGGAGCACGGCCGCUGUGUCGGCAACAUUGCCGCCGUAGGCGACACCUUCCCCGGCCUCUGUCUCGAGGACUCGCCGCUCGGAGUGCGUUUCACUGACUUUGUAUCCGCGUUCCCCGCCGGCAUCACCGUGGCCUCGACGUGGAACCGCACGCUCAUUCGCGAACGCGGGUUAGCCAUGGGUGCGGAGUUCAAGGGCAAGGGUGUGCACGUCGCCCUCGGCCCGAUGAUGAACAUGGGGCGCGUCGCGCAGGGCGGGCGCAACUGGGAGGGUUUUGGCGCUGAUCCGUUCCUUACGGGCGAGUCCGCGUACGAGACCAUCCUCGGUCUUCAAGGGGCGGGUGUUCAGGCCUGCGCGAAGCACUACAUCGACAACGAGCAGGAACACGCCCGUGACUGGUCCUCUUCCAACGUUGAUGACCGCACGCAACACGAGAUCUACCUUCACCCUUUCAUGCGCUCCGUGAUGGCUGGCGUGGCUAGCGUCAUGUGCAGCUACAACCAAGUCAAUAGCACAUGGGCUUGUGAGGACGACCGCUCGCUCAACCAGCUCCUCAAAGGUGAACUCGGCUUCCAGGGCUACGUCAUGUCUGACUGGGGAGCGCACCACUCCACUCUCGCUGCUGUUGGUGGUCUGGACAUGUCCAUGCCCGGCGACAUCACCCUCGGCUCUGGCAACACUUAUUGGGGACCGAACCUUACUGCCUACGUCGACAACGGAACCAUUCCCGAGUCGCGCCUCACCGACAUGGCCGAGCGCAUCGUUGCGUCUUGGUACCUCCUCGACCAGGAAAAGGACUACCCUGAGGUCAGCUUCAACGCUUUCCACAUGACGGACGAGGCCACGAACGCGCACGUGGACGUUCAGGAAGACCAUUUCAAGGUCAUCCGCCAGAUCGGCGCGGCCGGCACGAUCAUGCUCAAGAACGUCGGGGGCGCCCUUCCGCUCAAGAAGCCGAAGAGCAUCGCGAUCAUCGGCAACGAUUCCGGUCCCUCCCUUCGUGGCCCGAACGGCUACAACGACCGUGGCGGCGACGACGGCACGCUCGCGAUGGGCUGGGGCUCCGGCACGGCGCAGUUCCCGUACCUGAUUACGCCGCUCGAGGCGGUCCAGUCGCGCGCACGCCAGGACCACUCUUCGGUGUCGUGGUUCCUCGGCAACUGGGACCUCCGGGGCGUGCAGGCGACCGCGCUCGAGCAGGAAGUCGCGCUCGUGAUGGUCAACGCGGACUCGGGCGAGGGCUACAUUACCGUGGACGGCAACCAGGGUGACCGCAAGAACCUGACGAUGUGGGGCAACGCCGAGGCGCUGAUCAACGCGGUCGCGGCGGUGAACAACAACACGAUCGUCAUCGCGCACUUGGUCGGGCCCUCGAUCGUGGAGUCGUGGAUCGACAACCCGAACGUGACCGCGGUGCUGUGGGCGCACCUUCCGGGUCAGGAGAGCGGGAACGCGCUCGCCGACGUGCUCUACGGAGACGUGAACCCGAGCGGACGGCUGCCGUACACGAUCGCGAAGUCGCUCGACGACUACGGCACGAAGCUCGUGCUCGGGGGCUCGCAGGCGACGGACAUCCUCCGCGUCGACUACACCGAGGGCAUGCUGAUCGACUACCGGCACUUUGACACCAACAACAUCGCCCCGCGCUUCGAGUUCGGCUUCGGCCUCUCGUACACCACCUUCGCCUACUCGUCGCUCUCCAUCAAGGCAGUCGCGCAGUCGGACUCGACCUCGGCCGCGCUCGAACGCGCGUGGGCGAACGGCACGCCGAGCCCGAACGUCGAGGGCGGCUCCGUCGCGCUCUGGCUGCACCGGCCCGCGUUCGCGGUCUCGUUCACGGUGAAGAACAUGGGCAAAGUUGCCGGCGGGGAGAUCCCGCAGCUGUACUUGCACUUCCCGGCCGGUGCGGGCGAGCCCCCGAGCGUGCUCCGCGGGUUCGACGACGUCUUACUCCGGCCCGGGCAGAGCGAGCGGGUGACGCUGACGCUGAGCCGGUACGACCUGUCAGUGUGGGACGUGGAGAGCCAGGGGUGGCGGAAGCCGGACGGCGCGUUCACGUUCUCGGUGGGCGCGAGCAGCAGGGACUUUAGGCUGAAGGGGAGCGUGCCGUUGUGA